CAGGGCGGAAGUUGCUUUGUUUAGUGCUGUCUGCACGACGCGGAUGUAGUUAACUAAACACGUAAUAUUCACCGGUCUUUAUAUCUGUACGAUUACACAUGAUUUUGACCCCAAGGUUACUUCAGCUCUUUUGGUUAGCUUAGCCUCCCUAAGAAGAAGAAGAAGAAGAAGAAGCUCUUGUUGUUUGACACGGUGGGGUCCAACAUGGAGGACAUGUAUGUGAAACCAGGUAACCAGGAGCGAGGUUGGAACGACCCCCCACAGUUCUCAUAUGGCCUUCAGAUGGCCCGCGGACCACAGAAGAACCUCCUGAACAGGAGAGUAGCUCCACCUGCAGCUUCGGGUGUAGGAGCCCCACCCAUGACUCCUCCAUCCUCCAGUCCUCUGGCCCCACCCCUAAGUGGUGUAGCCCCGCCCCCGCUUCACCCUGCUCGGCCUCCUUCUGCCUCUGUGGCCACGCCUCCUCCUCCUCCUCUGGGUCCAAUGAGAAGCCAGAGACAGGCUGACAGCAGCCAACCAGAGACUGAGCCUGACGUAGACGCUGUGGUGUUGGUGAUGAACCGAGCGCUUGCUGCCUGCAGGCAGGCUGUUAAAAACCAGGUGUGUAAUGAUGUGGCUAAGAGGCUCCGCCUGCUGGAGGACAGCUGGAGGUCAGGUAGACUGAGCCUUCCUGUCAGGAGACGCAUACACACCCUGUCUCUGGAGUUACAGUCGGGACACUGGGACUCAGCUGAUGAGAUCCAUCGCUCUCUGAUGGUCGAUCAUGUGACAGAAGUCAGCCAAUGGAUGGUUGGUGUCAAACGACUCAUCGCUGAGACCCGACAACUGAGUCCAGAACUGUUAGAACCAUUUCAGAAUCCUGCAGAACCAGUCCAAGACCCUGCAGAUCUAGCCCAAGACCUUGCAGAACCAGUCCAGGACUCUGCAGAAUCAGUCCAAGACCCUGCAGAUCUAGCCCAAGACCUUGCAGAACCAAUACAGGACUCUGCAGAACCAGUCCAGGAUGCUGUAGAACCAGUCCAGGACCCAGUCUCCCAGUCUUGAUUCUGUUGCUCCUGUUUCUUUCUGCUCUCAUCAAACCUCGACUCUUUUAACCAAAACCAGGAUCUGGUGCUAAAAAUCUUCACAGUCAUGUUCACACUUAAGCAGAGGGUCAAAGGACAGAGCCCCAGCAGCAGGGAGGGGGGGUCUGAGGUGGGCCCCUGUGUCUGACAUUCGACUCUGGACUCUGAACGGUAACAGUCUAAGGUCAUGUGACAUCUCCACCAAUCACAGCUCAGCUCUAUGCAGUUAACCUCAAUUUAAGGCGGCAAUGACACAAAUCAUGAACUCGUUUUUUACUUUGUUUUCUCGAUGAAUGUGAUGUGGGAAUAAAUCUGAUUCUUUUCUUUCCACGUAGGAACGCC